ACUACGUCUUUCACACGAUAGUGUAAGUUACAGGGUUAAGAACCGUUGUAAAUUCUUAUUGAUCCCUCAUAAUUUAAUAUUUAUGUAAACAAAAAAAGGAAAAAAUAUGGUUCAAAAGAAAAGGGUGCUUAUGGUUUGUUUAGGGAAUAUUUGUCGUUCGCCAAUAGCAGAAGCAGUUUUCAAAAACGAAAUAAAUGUAUUAGGCUUGAAUGAAUCAUGGGAAGUAGAAAGUGCAGCAAUCGCGGGAUAUCAUACAGGUAAAUGUCCAGAUUCAAGAGCUAUAUCUACGCUAAGAGAAAAGGGUAUCACUAACUAUUCUCAUACAGCACGAACAAUCAACGUAGAUGAUUUUACCACAUUUAAUUGGAUAUUUGGAAUGGAUAAUACUAAUAUUGAAGAAUUAAAUAAUAUGAAACCUGCGAAUUGUACUGCUAAGAUUGAACUUCUUGGAAAGUAUGAUCCAAAGGGAGAAAUCAUAAUCGUAGAUCCUUACUAUAUGAACAACAAUGAUGGAUUUCAUAAGGCAUAUGAGCAGAGUACACGGUGUAUAAAAGCUUUCUUGCAACAACAUAAAGAUGAAACUUUAAAACCAGAAUAAAACUUAACAACUAUUAUAUUAAUAUGUAUAAUUAAAAUUAUUAAAAUAUUAUAUAUGUAUAAAUUGUUAGAGGCAAUAAAAAUUCAUUACAG